AUGGGAUGCGGCCAGGGGAUUCAAUCUUCUUUGUUCAUAAGCGGGAAAGUAAUAACAACGACGCAGCAGCAAAUCACCCAAGUCUUCGUCACGAAUAUCACAUUGCUCGACACGGCCCCGUCGCUUCGACAAGACGAGGAAAAUAUCCGUCUGCAGGGUCGUCUCGAGCGAUCGCGCGGGAAAUGGGACUCGUCGCAUCCAAGGCAUAGGCUGUUGACUGCUUUGCAUGGAUACACGAGAUACAAGGAGCGACACUUAGUGGAGACGAAGAAGUGGCGGGAUCUGUAUAAGAAUAUCUCGAAAAAGCAACGAUCACUGGUUGAAUCCACUGUGCAGUACACGCGCAAGCUCAACGCCGUGGAACAUUUACUCGAAACGAAUGAGAAACUGGCCAAGGACAUCGUCUCGCACGGUCUACAGUUCUACAACAUCUCUAGGGCUGAACUGGAUGAAUUCGUCAAACAGCAGGAGCGCCAAGGUCAAUCGACCGAUCGGACAAGCGUGGCGCAGGCGAUGAAGCAUUUCGUGCGCGACUGGGCAGACGAGGGAUCCGACGAGCGGCAGGAGUCAUUUCGCUGUGUCUUGGACGCGCUGAGACGUGUGUCCCGGGUCAGCGAGCAACCGCUUCAGGUGCUGGUGCCUGGUGCUGGAGUGGGGAGGCUAGCGCACGAGAUUGAGCAGCUUGGAGGUUUCGAGGUCACUAUGAACGAAUGGUCGAUGUACAUGAACCUCGUGUAUCGAUAUCUGGCCAGUCUGUCGACAUCGAACAGCGUAUCAUUUCACCCAUACAUUGACUGGUGGUCGCAUCACGCCACGACAAGCGAUCUUCAGCGCUCGGUAGUCUUCCCAGACCAAGUGGUCGAUCCGUCAUCCGUGUUGUUAGUCGAAGGUGAUUUCACGACGGCAUUCACAGAAGACACCGGGAAAUACGACGUGCUCGUGACGCUAUUCUUCAUCGACACUGCGCGCAACCUCGUUUCAUAUCUUGAGAAUAUCCACCGAUUACUCCGUCCCGGGGGAACGUGGAUUAACCUAGGCCCGUUGCUGUAUGGGACUGCGCCGUUUUUACAACUAUCGCUGGAUGAGAUCGUCGCUUUGAGUGAGCGGAUUGGGUUCCGGUUUGAGGAAACCGAGGCAUCGUGUGGGGAUAUCACACUUCCGGGGUGUCCUGUUCGUGGACUGGAAGUGGCUUACGGCCGUAAUGGCAAGGGAUUGAGUAAGAAUGCGUAUCAAGCGCAGUUCUGGCAGGCUACGAAGAAUUGA